AUGGAAAGCGGAUUUCCUAAGCAGAAUUCGGUUUUGGUUGAAUUGUCUGCCUCAGACAAUCUUGAUGCUUUCAGAAGCGAAGUAGAAGAGAAAGGCUUCCAUGUUGACGAGGCUGGCUUUUGGUAUGGUAGAAGAAUUGGGUCAAAGAAGAUGGGGUUCGAAGAGAGGACACCGCUUAUGAUCGCUGCCAUGUUCGGUAGCACCAAGGUUUUGAAGUAUAUUAUUCAGUCUGGUAAGGCUGAUGUCAAUAGGUCUUGUGGUUCAGAUAAGGUCACUGCCCUUCACUGUGCCACUGCUGGCGGUUCCACCGCUUCACUUGGAGUUGUCAAGCUCUUGCUUGAUGCAUCAGCUGAUGCUAAUUGCGUCAAUGCCAAUGGGAAUAAGCCCAUUGACUUGAUUGCCCCUGCUUUGAAGUCACCUUGCAGUUCAAGAAGAAAGACCAUGGAGAUGCUGUUGAAAGGUGAUAUGUCAGUGAUGGAAAGUGAUCAGAUUGCUAACCAAGAGGGAGACCAACAGAAGUUUCCAAGCCCUCAGCUGUCAAAAGACGGAAGCGAGAAGAAAGAAUAUCCUAUUGAUAUUUCAUUGCCUGAUAUCAACAAUGGGAUAUAUGGUACAGAUGAGUUCAGAAUGUACACUUUCAAGGUGAAGCCUUGCUCGAGGGCCUACUCUCAUGACUGGACUGAAUGCCCUUUCGUUCAUCCAGGUGAGAAUGCAAGGAGGAGAGACCCAAGAAAGUACCCAUAUAGCUGUGUCCCCUGCCCUGAGUUCCGCAAAGGGUCGUGCCAGAAGGGAGAUGUCUGUGAGUAUGCUCAUGGUGUUUUUGAGUCCUGGCUUCAUCCUGCUCAAUAUCGUACCCGGCUUUGCAAGGAUGAAACAGGGUGCACAAGGAAAGUGUGCUUCUUUGCUCACAGACCUGAAGAAUUACGCCCAGUGUAUGCUUCCACGGGUUCAGCCAUGCCUUCACCAAGGUCUAUGUCAGUGAGCGCCGCAGAUAUGGCCGCCUUGAGCCCAUUAGCUCUUGGUUCAUCACCUAUGUCUCAGCCUACCACGUCAACACCGCCCAUGUCUCCAUUGGCAACCUCUUCAUCUCCCAAGAAUGGAGCUUUGUGGCAGAACAAAGUUAACCUCACUCCACCUGCCUUGCAGCUUCCAGGCAGCAGGCUAAAGAGUGCUUUGAGUGCCAGAGAUUUGGACUUGGAGAUGGAAUUGCUAGGACUGGAUAGUCAUUCUAGCCAACAACAGAAACAUCAACAUCAACAGCAGCAGCAACAGCAGUUGUGGGAUGAGAUAUCUCGUCUCUCCUCGCCAAAAUGCUACAAUAACGAUUUCAGCAGGAUUGGAGAAUUGAAGCCAACUAACCUUGACGAUGCCUUUGGAUCCUUCGAUCCUUCUUUAUUGUCUCAAUUGCAGGGAGUUUCUCUAAAGCCUUCAACGCCAACCCAGUUACAAUCUUCUGCGCAUCAGAUUCGCCCAAACAUGAACCAACUUCGAUCAAGCUACCCAACUAACUUGUCAUCCUCUCCGGUGAGGAAGCCCUCCUCAUUUGGGCUUGACUCACCUGGGGCUCUUGCAGCAGCGGUUAUGAAUUCCAGGUCUGCUGCAUUUGCACAGCGAAGUCACAGUUUUAUCGACCGUGGAGCAAUGAGCCAUCCUCGUGGGCUCACUGCCCCUGCUAAUUCUUCCACCAUGAUGCAGUCUUCGGAUUGGGGCUCACCUGGUGGGAAAUUGGAUUGGGGAAUUCAAGGAGAUGAGCUGAACAAGCUGAAGAAGUCUGCUUCUUUUGGGUUCCGAAGCAGCAAUGCUGGAACACCAACCACCUUUAUGCCAUCAGCUGUUGGUGAGCCAGAUGUCUCUUGGGUCAAUUCCCUGGUUAGAGAUGUUUCUUCUGAGAGGUCUGAGCAGAAGUAUCAUCACCUCAAUAAGGGGGUUCAUGAAAUGCUUCCCCCAUGGGCGGAGCAGAUGUACAUAGAACAGGAGCAAAGGGCAUAA